ACGUGUUGUUCUGCACGGCCUCGAUAAUGCAUCUGUGCACCAUCAGCGUCGACCGAUACCUGUCCCUCAGCUACCCGAUGAAGUUCGGCAGGAACAAAUCCAGACGCCGCGUCAUCCUCAAAAUCGUCUUCGUCUGGCUGCUGUCGAUAGCGAUGAGCCUACCCCUGAGCCUCAUGUACUCCCAGGACCAGGACUCCCUCAUCAUCGACGGCACGUGCCAGAUCCCCGAUCCGCUGUACAAGCUCAUCGGCUCCAUUAUCUGCUUCUACAUCCCGCUGCUGGUGAUGCUCGUCACUUACGCCCUCACGGUCCGUCUUCUCGCCCAGCAGCGCCAGAACCUCGGGACUCCGGACUGGUCCAGCAACUGGAUGGGUGGACCGACGACGGCCCUAGAGCGUCGAUGCACCUGGAGGAAGCUCCUUAACGCCACCAAGGCCAGCAAGCAGUCGACUCCGCAGCACGCCCACCACUCGGCCGCCUCGACCGACACCGAGCUCACCACCAUAGACACCCACGAGCUCUGGAUCCAGGAAACCGAACCCACGCCGUGCACCAUGUCGGCGCUGGGUCAAUUCGGGGCCGAGAUGCUCAAGCUAUCCCGGGGUCUCGAAGCGGCGUCGCACCUCGGGGCUUCCCCCAAAGCCGCACCUUCGUUGAAAAUCAGCUCGGGCGAACGCAGCACCGACAGCCUGGCCGACUCCCACUCGUCGCUAUUAACGCCGGAAGGCUCCCCGUGGACGUCGAAGCGGCGCCGAGCCUCCACCUUCCACGAGGGCGACACGCGCGACGAGAGCCCCUCGCCGAGAUGGCGCAAGCGGGGCUCGAGCUUCCACGACGUGCGCUCGUCGGACGCCUCCUCCGAGCUGUCGUCCGAACCCACGGAGAGCUCGCCGUUCCCGCUGCCGCCGCCGUGCACCUGCCCCUACUUCGGCGACAAGCAAUCCGACAAGUCGCCGCCUCCGAAACCCGCCGAAGUCAAGAUCAUCCCGACGACGGGCAAGCUCACCCUCGACGUGGACAAGCCGGCGGCCUCGCCGCUCAAGAAGUCCAUCCGCAGCCGCGGCAGCAAGGGCAGCGCCGACUCCUCCCCGAACAACAUCGUGGUGACGUGGGAGUCGCGGAGGAGCCAUCGCAGAGGGUCCAGCUUCGGGAACACGAAAACCACGAUCCUGAGCGGCGCGGGGUCGACCCAGAGGACUCCGCUUCUGCUGAGGCGGUCGGCGACGUUGCGCCAGAACGGCCACAGCGUGUCGACUUUGAAGGACAAGGGGAAGAACCCGUCGUCGCCGUGUCUGCUCCAGAGGUACAACUGCAACAACGUUUCGACCACGGCGAAGAGCGUCCGCUCGCACCACUCGCGCAACUCCAGCGUGAUCUCGAGGAACUCGUCGCGUCACGGCCGGAUCAUCCGCCUGGAGCAGAAGGCCACCAAGGUGCUGGGUGUGGUGUUUUUCACGUUCGUGAUCCUGUGGGCGCCGUUUUUCAUACUGAACCUUCUGCCGGCGUUCUGUUCCGAGUGCGACAAGAAUUUAGACAACUGGGUGGUGCAGCUGGUGACGUGGCUGGGGUACGCCAGUUCGAUGGUGAAUCCGAUUUUCUACACGAUUUUCAACAAGGUCUUCCGGCAGGCCUUCAAGAAGGUGCUUACGUGCAAAUACCGCAAAACCGCCUGGAGACCGCACAGGUGACAGGUGAAAGUGCCGAAAUGAGUGGGUGUCGGGGACACGUUUCUCUGACGCGGACGGGUCAAAGUUGACGC